AUGGAGCGAUUAGUUGAUUUGAAAAUUGCCGAUUUAAAGAGAGAGCUGGAGGAAAGAGAGUGCAACACGGCCGGAAGGAAAGCAGAAUUACAGGAGCGGCUUCGUCAAGCACUGAUUGAGGAAGGUGAGGACCCGGAUAUUUUCAUUUUUACCGGUGCAGGGGUUAUUGGAUUAAUGCUGUAA